AUGGGUAGCACACAAUCUGCUAGUCAUCAACAGAAAAAGGAGAAGGUAGAAAAGUUAUUUCGUCAGAAUAAUCGAUCAAAUCGUAGCCGAAGUUUAGAUGUUCGGCAGGAUCGUCCAAUUCGUCCAGUAGGCGCCAGCCAUAGUGCUCGUUACAGUAAAAGCAGAUGUGUUCGCUCAAUGGAUGAUGGAGUGAACGGCUCUAUAUCAGGCUUAAGUAUGGAAGAGAAGCGGAUGUUAGAAUUUUGUUGGUUCAAAUGCUCACAGCGACAAGUGAAGAAGUGUGCCGAAGAUAUAUUUUUGGAUAUCUUACACACAGAUGAAGAAUUACUGACAUUAUUCAAAUUAGAAGGAACGCCGUCUAAUCGAUUAAAAGAAAACGAAUUUUUCAAAUCACAUGCUGCAAAUUUUGCGAUUGUUCUCAAUUUGGUUGUAACAAAUCUCCAGGAUAACUUUGAACAAGCUUGUGAAGCACUUCAAACACUUGGAGCUCAACACACCAAUCUUCGUUCACGUGGUUUUCAGUCCAUGUAUUGGGACAUCUUCACAGAUUGCUUUGAGAGAAACCAUCCGCCGUCAUUUAGAAAGGAAGAAGAACGAGAGGCAUGGAGUAGAAUGAUCUUAUUCAUAUUAUCUCAAAUGAAAAUUGGCUAUCAAAGAGUUAUAAUGGAGCAGAAGAAGGAUGAGCAGCGUCUAAGUGUCCCACAAAUAUUUUGA